CAGACGAGUGAGCAUGAAUUUUAAACAUGGAUCAGUCAUUUGUAAACGUCAAUGGACAGGGGAUGACGUCGACGGCUAACAGAUACUUGGACAAAAUCAACUGAACUCCGAAACAACAGUUUUAAAGGCGUUCUAACUUCUGUUGUGAAUAUGUUGAUUCAGCUCACAUUCAGGAUGAAGAUUUCAAUCAUGUUUGAUACGCUUCAUUUUUGUAGAUACCAUGCCUAAUGCAUCUACUGUAUUUCUUAUUGGGAAAUAUUAACGACAGCCUAUAAUGUAACUAAAUAUUUGUUUAAAAUGAGUAACAACACUGUGACCGGGAGGAUCAUGAUCCCGACUAUACCGUCCAUCAUGUUUAUUUUCGGUGUGGUGGGAAAUGUCAUUGCCAUCGUGGUACUCUGCAAAUCCAGGAAAGAACAGAAGGAGACCACGUUCUACACGCUGGUAUGCGGUCUGGCGGUUACAGACCUUUUGGGGACACUCCUAGCCAGUCCCGUCACCAUCGCAACCUAUGUGAAAGGCUCGUGGCCAGGCGGGGAACCACUGUGCCAGUAUUUUGGAUUCAUCAUGCUUUUCUUCUCUCUAGCGGGGCUCAGCAUUAUAUGCGCUAUGUCCGUGGAGAGAUACUUGGCGAUAAACCACGCGUAUUUCUACAACGACUAUGUGGAUCAGAGACUGGCGGGCAUGACGCUUCUGGCUAUUUACAUCUCCAACGUGCUUUUCUGCGCUCUACCUAGCAUGGGUCUGGGACAAGUCAAAAAGCAGUACCCACAAACCUGGUGCUUCAUAGAGUGGCGGAGCAACGUGAGGACGGAUGCCGCCUUUUCAUAUAUGUACGCGGGGUUCAGUUCGAUUCUAAUUCUAGCCACAGUUAUCUGUAACGUUCUGGUAUGCGGUGCUCUGAUUCGAAUGCACCGGCGGUUUGUCCGGAAGAUGUCAUUGUGGACAGACCCCGGACGAAACACAGACCCGAGAAGGAGACGCAGCUUCGGGCAUCUGGCCGGCGCAGAGAUCCAGAUGGUGAUUGUACUCAUUUGUACCUCAGCGGUGGUGCUUAUAUGCUCCAUUCCACUUGUUGUGCAAGUGUUUCUGAACCAGCUGUAUAAGACUCCGGUGGAGCUGAGACUGGAGAAGAACCCAGAUCUACGGGCGAUCCGCUUCGCCUCAUUCAACCCCAUCCUGGACCCCUGGAUCUACAUCCUCCUCCGCAAGGCCGUGCUCCUCAAGCUCAUUGAGCAGAUCAAGUGUCUGUUCUGUAAGAUAGGAGCACAGAGACAGCAGAGACAGGGAGCACAGAACUGCCACUGCAUUGAUGAACACCAGCUCCACUCCAUCAUCUCUUCACAAGAGUUCCCGUCAUUGAUGAACACCAGCUCCACUCCAUCAUCUCUUCACAAGAGUUCCCGUCAUUGAUGAACACCAGCUCCACUCCAUCAUCUCUUCACAAGAGUUCCCGUCAUUGGUGUCCCGUGAGCUGAAGGAGGUGUCCAGCACCUCUCAGGUCGUCCUCUA